ACCAAGUGGUGGCAAGUCAUCACAAUCUGGAAAGUACUAGGUCGCUUAUAGAAAGUUUGUUAUUCUCGGUAGUUCAGGUAUAAAUAGGAGUGAAGUAGGGUCGAUUCUACAACAUUGACAAAAAAGAAAAAAUAAAUCAGGAUUCUUUGAUUGUUAUUUGAAAUCAACAAGCGCUAUUUACAAUGUCUCUUCAACCUUUCUUCGAUUUAUACCCAUUUCAAGACGGUCUUUCCGACUUUUUGAGUUAUUCCCCUCGUGUUCAACGCCAGGAUCGUGCUGUUGAUUUGUCACCUGCCAUUGAUGUUCACGAAGGCAAAGAUACCGUUGCUGUUGAUGUAGAACUUCCUGGUGUCAAAAAGGAAGACGUUCAAGUUCAUUACGACGAAGGAAAACUUACCAUUUCUGGUAAAUCCGUGAAUGAACGUAAAAGUGAAGAUGAGAAAGGAAACCAUAGAUGGUCUGAGCGUCGCUUUGGAUCCUUCUCUCGUACUAUCUCCAUCCCCAGCAGGAUCGAUUCCGAUCGUAUUGAGGCCCAAUUUUCUAAUGGCAUUUUGAGUAUUAUUUUGCCCAAGAUUGAGCAAUCCCGCUCCAAGAAACAAAUCGCCAUUAAUUAAGCUAAGGGCUAGCGGUGUAAUGAGUUUAUGUUACGAUAUGAUUGUGAUGAGAACUUAUAAUGGCAUAAUAUAAUGAUUUUUAAUCUAGUUUUUGACAUUUUUAAUAAAAAUUUAUCAACUUUAAAAGGUACCCAG